AUGACGACCAUACCGCAAUCGUCACGGAAAACCACACUGAUUCCACCACCAACGCAAGACUUUGCAGCGCGCCAACAGACCAUACGACUGUAUCCCUCCUCCAACUACGUGUUCGCAACCAAGGAUGCUCAGGUUGAGAGGGAUGUCUCUGUGCAGGCGCGCAUGCAACGACUGAAAAGCAUGUACGACGAAUCGGGGAUGUUGCGGUACGUGGAGGGGGUAUUUCUGUGUCAUGAGUUCGGAACUCCUUACGUCUUCUUACUCCAGUUGCCAAACAACUUUUUUAAACUUCCCGGAGAGUACUUGGACCCCGACGAGGAGGACGAGGAGGGUGGAUUGCUGAGGAAGCUCGCAGAUAGGCUCAGCCCUGAGAACGGAGAGGACCAGGAGAACUCGAAGUCAUGGAAGGUACUAGACUGCCUGGCGCAAUGGUGGAGACCUAACUUCGAGGUUUUCAUGUAUCCAUUUCUGCCACCGCACAUUUCUCGACCAAAAGAAUGCAAGAAGACUUUCCUCAUUUCUCUGCCCGAGAAGAUUGCUUUCUUCGUACCAUCGAAUAUGACAUUCCUUGCUGUCCCUCUUUUCGAGCUCUAUGACAACCCCGCGCGAUAUGGACCCCAGCUUUGUGCGUUGCCACAUUACCUCUCAAGAUACAACUUCGAGUGUGUAGACAAGAAUGGUGUGGUGGUGUCGCAGUUUCCUGGGUCUGCACCAUACCAGCAAAAAGAUGGAGAAAGCAAAUUGCAAGCAUAG